AUGAAUCAUUUGCCACGACAUGGACGGGGAACUUGCCCAUGGGGCUCGCUCUCAGUACGCGUUGUCCACUGGAAAAGCUGACAGCAAACAAAGUUCGAGAAAUGGAGGCCUUUAUAAUAUCGCUUUGCAUAUGCAUAUCAAUAUUUAUCCUUGUUUCAAUUGUAGCUCUAAUCAUUCGAGAGCAAAAGGCGAAGGAAAACGUAGGAUUUGUAAUCAAUGACGCUACCAGGGCUCACGUACCUCCAGGAGGAAUAGCUGCUACCCAUGGCCAAGCAGCGGGUCUACCCAGCUACUAUCCACCUGCAGGCUGUCAAACACACGUUUAUCCACCUGCAUAUGUAUACCCAGCACAGGCCGUGAGCCAAAUUCAAGUGCAAGUGCAGAGCAUACCCGCUCCCAUUAAUAGCGCUCCACCAAACUAUCAACGUGCUGUAAAUGAGGGAAAUACGGCAAAUGCAGAGCUAAAUAUUUUGCCCGCCAGCCUAGAAAAAUCUUUAACUCAACAAACACAUCGAGGAGCUGUUGAAACAGUUAGUCAGAUUUAGCCAAAACAGUUUGAAUGACAUAAAGUAUUAAAAUACUGUAAAUACAAAU